AUGUUCAGAAAAUUGCCUCUCGAUGCCGCUGUGUCGCAUAUCCAUGACGCCCUAUGUCAAGAGGGGGAUGACAUUCUAAUCCCGCGAGACGUUCUCUCCACUAUUCUUGAUGCGGUGACUCAAUCUGCACAUACAGAGCGAGCACUAGCACAAGUGGAAGCAGACUAUUUGUCGGUAAGAUGUAAGCUGGAAACUUAUAGGAGGGUUGACGACCUUGUCGCCGAGGAGCUGUGUCGAACGAGGCAAGAAAUAACAGCAUUCGUUGGGAACAAACUUUCAGAGCCCCUGGUGCAAAGUAGGGAGGCUCCGGGUGAUAUCCCGAAUGAAUCUGGUCAGGAAAACACAUCAACAGAGUGCCCAGUGACGGAAUGGAGUGACGAUACGGUCAACAUCUCCUGCAACUUCGAUGAGGACUUGGCGGAACUUCCUCGAAGCUUGGAUCUGUGCGAACCAUUCCGCGGCGGAACGGAGGUAGAAGAGACACCGGAACAGCAGAUCGACGCAGAAGUUAUCGAUGCAUCCAAUACCGACCCUAGACCGGAUCGUUUCUGUACGGAGCUUCCAGAUGCUGCGGUAUCUCAUGGGCUCGAAAAGUAUAUCGGCGUCCGCACGUUUGACGAGAUAAUCAAGCUCAAAAAUAGCAUUCGCUCCAUGACUUCGAUUGUGGAUAAACGGGAGGAACAUUGUGAUUCUGCCAGGAAAGCUGUCGAAAUAGCUUACCAUAGCAAGUCUGAACUUCUUGCUACCAUGAGCCAUGAGAUUCGCACGCCCGUUCAUGGUAUCAUGGGUAUGGCUCAGUUAGGGCUGGAAGCGGGUUGUCUUCCAACGGCUGCCCACGACGCGUUUAAUCUGAUUCAUAGCUUGGGAAAAAGUCUGUUGGCAAAUAUUAACAACGUUCUUGAUUUGUCACGAAUAGAAGCCAGUCGUAUGGCGAUCGAAAGUAUUCCAUUCAACCUUGGCUCAACAGUCCUGAACACGCUAAAGCCACUGGCAGUUGAGGCGAGCAAGAAGAAGACCGACCUUACCUAUGAAGUUAGCAGUCGUGUGCCUCAACAAGCCAUUGGGGACCCAAACCGCCUUUGUCAGAUUCUCUUCAACUUGGUUGGAAACGCAGUCAAAUUCACCAAGAAUGGGAGAAUUGAACUAUCCAUAAAGGCUGCGCAUCAGCGGACAUGGACCGACAACGAAUGCGUCCUGGAGUUCUCUGUUGCCGAUACUGGGGUCGGCAUCCAACAAGAUAAGUUGGAAAUCAUUUUCGAGAAAUUCCAACAGGCAGAUGAUUCCGUGGUUAAACAAUUUGGCGGUACAGGUCUUGGCUUGGAUAUAUCCAGGAAGCUCGUCAGCUUGAUGGGUGGUGAUAUCUGGGUUCAGUCUACUGUAGGCACCGGCAGCAUUUUUUCCUUUACCUGUCCGUUGAAGCUUGAAAGCCCACAUGCUGCCACGACUGAACGGACGAAAUCUCACAAAAAUUGUAUGAUCUUCUACGUCACAGCAGAGGGUCAAGAGAGCCACCCUAUAUGCGAGACUAUAACUGAGCUUGAGAUCCAAGUGCGUGUAAUAAACCAGCAUGAUAUCCAAAUCCAGGAGCACCGGGAUCAACGGCAUCUUCCGGAUGCCCUGAUAGUGGAAACUCUUGAAAUAGCCUGCGCACUACGGGCUCAUGGACACUUCGGCUCGACACCCUUUGUCUUGUUCAAUCGCACACCGUCAGAUUCCCUCAAGAUCUCCAUAAAGUCAGCUUUCGACCUGGGUAUCGUAUCAUACAUCACUUCCCCCUGUUCUGCCGAAGGUGUUCUGAGUUCCCUACUUAGCGCCCUGCAGGAUCGCCCUAGACACCCCAAACCUAGCCAAACUACGCCUUUGUCAGUCCUCAUAGCAGAGGACAAUGAUAUCUGCCGAUUAGUGGCAGUCAAAGCACUCGAGAAGUGCACCAGUGACAUUACAGUCGUCACGAACGGUCUUCAGGCGCUUCAAGCGUACCAAAGCCGACAGUUCGACGUGAUCGUCAUGGAUAUCCAAAUGCCAGUAAUGGACGGGUUCGAAGCAGUUUCCAAGAUCCGGAAUUACGAGAGAACCCACAACACAAAGCGCGCCUCGAUAAUUGCGGUUACAGCCGAUGCCAUCACUGGCGAUCGUCUCGGAGCAGAGAUGGAUGAGUAUGUGUCGAAGCCGCUGAACCCGAACCAGCUGCUGGAUGUGGUCUUGACGUGCCAUGCGGAAGGAGGUGCAUCGCACACUGCCGACAGCAACAUGGAUGCAGACCCUGCAUGUGAAAUCAACAGAUAA